AUGAGCUCCCGCGGUUCCAUCGGCAAGGGAUCCGACAUCGACGUCGAUGUAAAGGAGAAACAAGUCGAUACCCAUGUCGCUGUCGUCACUGAAGAGGCCGAUACCGGUGCAGCGCUUGUCGCCGGUACCUCCAUGGAGGUCGAUCCGCAGGAGGCAGCACGCAUCCGACGGAAGAUCGACUGGCACAUCAUGCCGCUCAUGUGUAUUCUGUAUUGGGUUCAGUUUAUGGACAAGACGACUUUGGGAAGCUCGGUGAUCUUGGGUAUUAAGACGUCUACGCAUCUGACGACAAGCCAAUAUAAUUGGCUCGGCACCAUAUUCUAUCUCAGCUACCUCGUUUUCGAGUACCCUCAGAACCUCGCACUCCAGCGCUUCCCAGUCGGCAAAUGGAUGAGUCUCAACAUCCUUACUUGGGCUGUCGCAUUGUGCUCGCACGCGGCUUGCAAGAGCUUCGCUGGGUUGUUUGUGUGCCGAUUAAUCCUGGGAAUGUGCGAGGGCUCGAUCACCGCCGGCUUUAUGAUCGUCAGCUCUAUGUUCUAUACACGCAAGGAGCAAACAUUGCGUGUCGGUUAUUGGUUUUUGAUGAACGGUACGGCCCAGAUCAUCAUGGGCUUUAUCAGUUUCGGUGUUCUGCAUGCGAAGACGAAGUCGUUCAAGCCUUGGCAAUGGCUGAUGAUCAUCACCGGUACAAUCACUCUCAUCACUGGGGUCCUCUACUGGUUCCUCUUCCCCGAUUCGCCUACUAAUGCGUGGUUCUUGACCCGGGAAGAGCGUGUUAUUGCAGUGCAGCGUAUCAAGGAUAACCAAACGGGUAUUGAGAACAAGCACUUCAAGUGGGAUCAAUUCUAUGAGGCGCUUCGCGACCCGAAGACAUGGCUUUUUGCGCUAUUUUCCGCAUUCGACAACGUGCCUAAUAGCCUUACCAACCAGCAACAAAUUAUCAUGACCGCGUUCGGGUUCACGACCCUGCAGACGACGCUCCUUGGCAUCGUGAGCGGGUUCGUCGAGAUUAGCACGAUCUUCACGGGCGUGCAGCUCGCCGCGCGCCUCCCCAAUGCGCGUGCAUACAUUGGGAUGGUGUACUUCCUGCCGACGAUCGUCGGCAUCAUGCUUGUCAACCUCCUCCCUUGGCACGACAAGAUUGGUCUGCUAUUCGGGCAGUGGAUGACAGGAAUCAGCACGACCGGGUUCGUGCUCUCCCUCUCGUGGGUCUCUUCCGUCACGGCAGGACACACGAAACGCGUGACGACGAACGCGAUCAUGCUCAUCGCGUACUGCGUCGGGAACGCCGCGGGACCCUUCAUGUGGCAGUCGAAGUACCUCCCCCGGAACCACAUCCCGUGGUUGAUUAUCGGCAUCUGCUACGCGUGCUGCAUGGUGCUCCUUCUCAUCAUCCGGUUUUUGCUCGUGUGGGAAAACAAGCGCCGUGAUGCAGAGCCACCAGACACGACGUACGACGAAGUGUACGUUGAGUUGGAGGUCGACGGGAAGCGUGUAGAGCGGAAGGUUGAGAAAUCGUUCCUCGACCUGACGGACAGACAGAACCGCGAUUACAGAUACGUGCUGUAA